AUGAGCUGGCCACCGGGCUCCGGUAGGGCGAUGAACCCUGGCAACAACAUGGGCGGAGGGCCCGCCGAUGCCGCUGCUGGCGCGCAAGCUCACAGCUCGAACCUCCCCCAUGCGACCGAGUACACACUACAAGGUGUAAUGCGCUUCUUACAGACGGAAUGGCAUCGAUACGAACGGGAAAGAAACUCAUGGGAGAUCGAGAAGCAGGAAAUGAAAGCGCGGAUAGCCAACCUGGAGGGUCAGGCGAGAAGGGCCGAUGCCACCCAGAAGGCCCUGAGCCGUUAUGUGACCAUUCUGGAAAAGAAGAUUCUGAACCAGAAGAUGAUGCUUAAGGGCGCUGGUACUACGUCCGAGGUUGAGGAGGAAUCGGCCAAACGCGAGAAGGAUCGGGCACUACUGAUUCAGGAGAGGCUUCGAUCUUCGACCGGACCUAGCACGAACGUCGAGGAAGAUAUUGUCGUCAAGGGUGACGACGAAUCACAGCGCGCGGACCUGAAGGCCUUCCUAGACCAGUGUCAGGAGGAGUUCACCUAUCUCAUGGUCACUCCGGCGAACCCCUUGCCUCCUCGCGAAUCGCCACCGUUACCUAUUCUGGACGAACAUCCCGGAGGGGAAUACCCGUUGCCCGGUGGCCAACAUGCGAUCGAACCCAAUUUUGCCCAGCCUAUGCGUCAGAAUGUUAGAGACUUCAACCGGCCGGGACCGCCGCCGAGCCAUGCUCCCCCGAUGCAACGGAGCCAACCAUCCAACUUGCCGCCGAAGCAGCAGUCAGACCUUCCACCUCAUCAGGCGACCACUUCCGAGGCAGACAAUGCCGGCGUUAUGUACGCCGCCGGGACUGAAUGGCCACAACCUGUCUCGGUCUCCGUUCGUCCAGUUGACGACAACAUGCAGCGUCCGAGUCAUGGCUUCGAACCUUUGAAUCCCACAGACAGCCUCGGGGGGGCCGUACCAAAGCGAGACGUCGCGGCCGGAACCGAUGCCUGGGAAUUCCCGGAAGGCUCUCUUUCCGAACUGACCCCGAGUCCUGCGCAAGCCCAGGGCUCGAACCGUCCAGACACCGACGUCUUCCCCAAUGCCGAUAGCAUCCCCAAGUCGCCAGCCAGAGCAUCGAGCUCACAUAGGAGAAAGGGUUCCAUGUCGAGGCGACGCAGCUCAGAUCAGGGACUAUCACUGAACGCCAUGGCUCAGAAAUCCGAUGGUGGCAACUUCAGGCUGCGAUUCGGACUCAGGGGCCAUCUUGACACCGUUCGUACCGUCAUCUUCUCCGGCGGCGGCAGUCCUGGCGAACCGGAAAUCUGCACCGGGAGUUACGAUGGCAUGGUCAAGCGCUUCCUCAUCCCGAGGUUCGAUGGCCACACCUCGAUGCCGACGUUGGAUCUCGACGUCGUAGCCAACUUCACCCACCGUGGCCAUACUGGUGCCGUUCUGUGUCUGGCGUCCUGGUCUCCGUCUCCCAACUUUUCCACCGGCGGACGUGCGCAAGGCGACGGCUGGAUCUUUUCUGGAGGCCAGGAUGCCACCAUCCGUGUUUGGGAACGUGGUCGCGUCGAUCCCAAGGCGACCAUCGAUGGCCACACCGAUGCCGUCUGGGCCGUUAGCGUCCUUCCGGCCACCCUCGGCGCCAUUUUCGGCCAAUCCAACCCCUACGGCAACCCCGAUAGGAUCUUGCUCGCAUCUGGCGCGGCUGACGGCACAGUGCGCUUGUGGGCGGUGAGCGCGCCUCCACAGCUCACCUCGCCGCAACCCAGCAAUAGCCGUGCCGGACCGCUCGGCAACCGGGGCCGAGUGCGUGGAAAUUCAAUGAGCUCCGGCAGUGCGUUUCCCAGCUCGCCCCAGCCCAGCAUGGCUUCGAACUCGCCUUUCAACCAUACCCUGGUUCACAACCUAUCCAGGUCGGACGGCUCCUCGGCUAGCGCGACCUGCAUCACGCCCCUCAGCCCAACCGGCGAGACUUUUGUCGUCUCAUACUCGGAUGCCGCCAUCAUCGUCUACGACACCCGAUCCGGCGAACAGAUUGGCACCAUGGACAGCCUCGAAACGUACGACGGAUCGCUGGCUACCAGUGUCAACGCGGUCGUCGCCACCACGGCCGGCCUGGAUCAAGGAACGCACCCCGGUGGCCUCCCCGAAGAAGAGGCGGCCACGAGCAGCGGGCCGACGGGAGGCAGCAGGUCAAUGGCCGGCUCAGGCGUCGAGGGUGUUAUUAUUUCGGGACACGAGGACCGGUUCAUUCGCUUCUAUGAUGCCAACAGCGGCCAAUGCACAUACAACAUGCUGGCGCACCCGGCUGCCAUCUCGGCCUUGUCGCUGAGUCCCGACGGGCGCGAGCUGGUCAGUGCAGGCCACGACGCCAGCCUCCGUUUCUGGAGCCUGGAGAAGCGGUCUUGUACGCAGGAGAUUACGUGCCACCGUAUCAUGCGCGGUGAAGGCGUCUGCUCUGUCGUGUGGAGCCAAGAUGGCAAAUGGGUCGUCAGUGGAGGCGGAGACGGCGUCGUCAAGGUGUUUGCGCGGUAG